CGGAAAACCACAACUACCGGCUCUCUCCAACCUCCGUUUCCUUUAUUUUUAAUAUCACUAAGAGGUGAAAUUGAAAGUGUUGGAUUUUAUAAUGGACGCGCACAGCUCAGAAAAAAACAGAACAAUGAACAAGAAAUAAGCUUAAAGUUUAAAUUUAAAAAAAUGAAUAUCUGUUGAAUAUGUGAGUAUAGAGUAUAUUGCGAUAAGAUGAGGUCAUGGUGGUGGAUUACCAAGUGUGGCUCCAUCGGCUUCAUCAUAUUAAUUGGCGCGUGCGCAGCAGAAUCAAAGAGACCCGGUGAACGCAACAUAGCGAGCCUCUUGGAACUUGUCUUUUAUUUUCCCACCAACUGCACAACCAACAUCGCUAUAUACCCAGUACAGUGAAACAAUCAAAACUUUCAUGAAGUUCUUAAACUCUUGUCAACCGACAAGAGUAAAAACCCAUUGAUAACGACUAUUUGUGAUUUUUUUUUUAUAAUAUAAUAAACAUUAUCGUUGUGUUAAUAGUGCUAAUUAUAGACUUUAACUUCAACUAGUGCAUGAAAAGUAUUUGUCAUUUUUUUAAUCAAUUAUCUCAACCAAUCCAAACAUAUGCCUCAGCCUAUGAGCCAUAAACACCUGCUGGUGUAAUUCCAAGUAUCUUAAUGCAUUAAUCAAGCUGAUAUCAUCGAUAGCGAAUGGCUGAUUCGACAAUUCACGGCCAAAUCUAAAAUCAACAUUCAUUCCAACGAGUUUUCUUCUUUAUAAAUAGAUAAUAGACGGCAGAGAGGGGAAAUCUUUCAUUCCACCGAAAAAAUUUCGCCGUUAAUGAGCUGAAUUAUCAUCGUGAUAGGAAUGGCGUCUCACGUAGAAAAUGUUUCAUUCAAACUUUAUUACCCACUGAGCCCAACGUCUAGUAUUUGUUCAGAAAGAUCUACUCCGUCCCCCGAUUCGGGAUUAGAAUGUCAUCAGAGUCAGGCGAGUGAUUCCAAUUUUCUCCAGCUAAGAUCAGAGCAUCACGAGGCUAGACGAAAGAACUCAACAUCAUCCGAUGCUUCAUAUGUAUCUACAAAUUUAAGUCACGAUGGAGGUUUUUCAGACACCCCAGACGAAAUGACAACACCAUCUAAUAUCGAUGACGAUAUUCUCGAAAAAUUUGAUGGCUUGGAAUGUUCAUCAAAAAAUGCAAAUUUGGACAAUCCAGAAAUCACACUCGACAUUGUUGCGUGUCAAGAUGGCUUGCAAGAGGCGAAUGAUGAUGAUGAUGAUGAUGAUGAUAAUAAUAAUGAUCUACAGGAGCGAGGACCUGAGCAAAAAUCAAAGUACUGUCGUAGGAAACCGUAUGAAAGCUGCGAGGUUUGGCUCCAAUCAAUGGAAAAUCAAGCCUCUUCACGUGAACUUGAUUCGUCAGCCCAACAGAUUUUGAGUGAUCCACAGUUGAGGGACAAGAUAACACCCUGUCUUGACCAGUUGACUCAUGACAAUCGAAGACAAAGGAGAUGCGAAAAUAUUGAGUGGAUUGAUACACCUGUGAGAAGCGCCCAUCCAGCCCCCACCAAUCAUUCGGACGAGAGGUCAAUAGCACUUAUGCCUUCCAUUAUUCUUCACCAGGAUUGUCUUCCCAAUGAAGAACAACUAAUGUUUAUCGAUCUCCAAAAAUUUCAAGCAGCACAAUCAGACACGAAUAAUCAGCAAUCAUCACCCGCUGCAAGUUUGGACAAUUGGUCGGAUUCAUCACGAAGCAGCUACAACGUUCUAUCUUCGAGAUCUCAUAGCCGUGCUUCGAGUCGUGCCCAAUCGCCUGGAUCUUCGGUCAAUAUCGGAUCACCUUUGAUCUCGAUUGGUAGUCCGCCCCAACACAGACUCACACCUUUUAGACAACCACGACUUCAGUCCUCGUCAUCAUCUUCCAGUUACUCCUUCGGGGAUACCCCCAGUCCAUUGAAUUACUUUCAGUCGAUUGAUCAGAGGACUGAGGAGCAACUUGGCAUGCACCUUGGAAAUAUCAGAACCUGCGGAAACUGUGACUCAUCAAGCACAAUUGUCAACAGUGACAACAUCGAUGAUUUUAACUGCAGAAUUCAGUUAAUGAACGAAGUCAUCAGGGACAAUCGCGAGCAAGAUGAAAUGCAAGUUGUUCCCAAAUACCAGAAUGAGUCAAUUACUUGCCGACUUACUAACAAGAGUUUCGAGAAGAAUACUUAUGAUUUUUCAAACCAAAUGUGUCCCAAUAGUGAUUAUGAUCUUGGAAAUACUGGAAUUCUCAUUAAAUCAGCACAGAAUAAUCUCAUUUAUACUGAUUAUACAUAUACCAUCAAUCAGAGUGUCGGGAGUAAUUUGCAAGUGGGUGAAAGUGAUGAACAGACAUUUGCCACCCCAGAUCCCGUUGUUAAUUUUGGGGCUGAACUUGAAGAUAUGGCUGUAACAAGUUACAAUUCACAAAAUAGUGGGGAUUCACUGAUGUACCUGAACCAGAGUCCAGAGCUCAAUUGCUUAUCGGAUUUAGAGCAAAAUUACAAUAUUCAGCCCGGAGAUGUCGGACACACACAGCAGCAAUUCGCAGAUUCUGAACAGCCUUCAACUUCUACAUUUGACUUUCCAAUACCGAAACCAGUUUCGCAAUAUAAAUCAACCAAUUCUCGAAGAAAUUCAUUUAGGAAAACUUCACCAUGGACAUUGCUCAACCUUCCCGCGACAUCAUCAAGCGAAACAUUAAAAGCCCAAGUGGAUCCUGAAGAAGUGGAAUACGCCAUGAAGUAUCUUUUGAAGAAAUCGCCGGAGCAAUUAAUGAUGCCAGAUGAGAAUGGCGAGGAGGACCAGGAUACGGUGCUGAUGCGUUUGGUAAGCAGUCCUGCAUCGUUCGAACUAGAGAAAGGGUGUCUGGCACCGAUGGUAGAGCGCCUUGGACAAAUUCCUAAUGGUCUUUCCAAAUUCAAUAAUCGAGGAGAAGAUGCUUUAUACAUAGCUGCCAUUAACUGUCCUCAGACACCCCAUGUUGCCGGAUAUCUGGCGGCAGCUAUGCUUCAAAAGGGAAUUGAUAUUAGCCAGAGAUUAUAUCAAACUCGGGGUGACACACUGAUUCACGCACUUGCCUCUCACGGCGAGACACACAAAUCUGUACUAGCUGAAUUGCUAUCUUUGAAAACCACUCAAGGAAAUUCUGUAUUCGAUUUAUCGAAAUGUAAUUAUGAUGGAAGGACACCGUUGCACGUGGCAGUGGAAUCUCACGAUCCAACUGGCGCCCAAAACGAUUCAACGUCCAUCGUACAAUUACUCCUUGAAAAUGGAUCAGAUCCCAAUGUCAGAGAAACAAAGCAUGGCAACACCGCUCUUCACCUCGCCGUUUCUUUAUCCAGUGAUCCAAGUUUAAUCCGUUUGCUGUUAAUGGGGCGAGGCUGCGAGACUGUCAAUGUUUUCAAUCGAAACAGAAAUACUUCUUUGCAUAUGGUUGCGGCCAUGUCUGACAGAUUAAGUCGGCAAGUUCAGAAAGAUAUUUGCUUGGCAUUGAUCAACGCCGGAGGAUUGACCAAUAUUUCCAAUGGUCAGGGGAAAACCCCUUUAGCUCUCGUAUCUUUUGAGCGAAAGGAAUUCAUCCGAAAUAUCUUUCAGGGGAGGGAACUAGAUUUCUUAUAAUUCAAAUAAUGUCAUUAUAUUUAUGUCCUUACUCUCAUCACUCUUAAUAUUUUUCAUAUUCUUCUGUUUAACACCAAAGAGACAAAUAUGUAUAUAGCAGUAGGCUUCAAAUUUUUGUAUAUCGAGUAAUACAUAUUAUCGAUUAUAGAUACCUUACAAUAUACCUGAAAUAUGCCUGAGUUGAGGAUAACCAAAGACGUGCGGAUUGAACUUCCGCGAGAUUAAAUAUUUUAAUUUCAUCCAUUAAUAAAUCAUAAUCAGGCGCUAAGAUUUUUGAAUCAAUGGAUGAUUCCAUGAAGACUGAAAAUUUAAAGGAUUGAAAGUUGAAACGGUGAAUCUAGAGUAUAUAAAUUAAGGGAUAUAAUUAUACGAUAAUGAUUCUGCACUUGUGGGUGAUGGUACAAAUGUUUUGUAAGGCAUUUAUAUAUACUGGUCAUACUAACCAUAAAUUUUAAUCAUUAUAAUUUUUUGUAAAUUUUAAAUCCAUUAAAACGAGAGUAUACUUGAAGAAA